AUGUCAAGCAUACUUCCAGGCAAUGAGCCGGAUGAAGACGAGAAUGAACCGGAUGAGGAGGAGCCAGACGAAGACGACAACGAACCAGACGAAGAAGAACCCGAUGAGGAUGAAGGCGGUGCAGUCACCGUGGUGUCUACAGUUGCGCCGGUGCCAGCACCAGCUUCAUCUACUCCAACGCCUGUUGAUCCGACUACUACGACCCUCGUUGUACCAGCGUCCACACCAGCAGCAGCGACGCCAUCGCGCUCAGUGGUUUCGGCGGCUUCUGCGACUGCAGUGAGCGCAGAUGACAGUCCGGCUGCUGCUAGUGGCAAUACGCCGUCAGGCUUGACUACCUACACCACGACAAACAAUGAAGGCCCAUUGACUGUAACGACCACAGAUGCCGGCGACAUCGAUGGAACGCUAUCGGAUCUGACUACCUACGCUACAACAAACAACCAAGGAGACACUGUUACCAUAACAACUACUCCUGUGGUCCUUCAACGACCCAGUCCAUCCAACGGGACCAACGGCGAUUCGAGCGGCCUUUCUGAAGGGGAGACGGCCGGUGUCGCGAUCGGCACUAUCACUCCAAUCCUUCUAAUCAUUGGAGGUUUAUUCUGGUGCUUCCGCCGCCGCUUCCGACGGAGAUCAAAGCAAGAACGAUCCAGCAUCAGCACCUUGGGCGGUAACACCACUGACGGAAGAAGCUCUGCGGGCGAGAAAGGACCGCCUGGAGACGUGGACCUACAAUCCGAACUUCUUAAGAACGACGGGCCGGCCGAGCUGUACGAUACCCGGAAGUCACCCGAGGCUGUCGAAGCCGGCCAUGGAAUUCCAAAGAACACUAGACUAGCUCAGAUAUAUACUGCCUACAGGCUAGUCCACGAGCUAAGUGCUCCGACGCCAGCGGAGAUGGAAGGAGAAGGGACAGUGGCGGGCUGGGUUCCUGCCACGGCAGAGCUCGAGGGGGAAAGACGAGAGAUGGCACGGGAUCCUGCGACGGGAGAGGUUGUGUCGCCGUUGUCGUCUGCGCCUUCGGUCACGCACAGAUCGCCGUCUGGGAACGCGGGCACGGCAGGGGGUACGAAUACUGUUUGGCCGCUUGAUAGCAGAACGCAGACGAUUCCAAGGAAGCUUGUGCCUGGGUUGCGGACGUCUAACGGGUAG